CACACACACACAUAUAUACAUAUACAUAUAUAUACACACAAUAUACAUACAGACGCAGGUCAAAGUUCACACAAUCACACCCCAUUUCUGGAGCUCAUUCACACUCUGUGACUGUGUGUGUGUGUGUGAGAGAGAAUCUGCAUGACAUUUUCCUGAAGAUUAGUAGCUUCGUCUCCAAUCUCAAUUUCUCUCUCUGCAGAAGGGAAGUGAUAGAUUGGCUGAGUUGCUCGCUCGAUAACAUUAGCGCAGAGGAACUAUGAUGUUUUUCAGAAAGAGUACUACUUCACCACACGACGGUGAGAGUCUUGAGCUGCAGCAAGAACGCAAGUUCAACGAGCUUAAAGCUUCUCUCGGACCAUUGUCGGGCCGAAAUCUGCAGUUCUGCACUGACGCAUGUCUGAAGAGAUAUUUGGAAGCUCGAAGUUGGAAUGUCGAUAAAUCCAAGAAAAUGUUGGAAGAGACAUUGAGAUGGAGAACGAGCUUUAAACCCGAAGAAAUACGUUGGCAUGAGAUUGCGGAUGAAGGUGAAACCGGGAAAGUAUUCAGAGCAAAUUUUCGUGACCGUCAAGGUCGUUCUGUUCUUAUACUAAGACCAGGAAUGCAGAACACGACAUCUUUGGAUAAUAAUAUUAAACAUCUGGUGUAUCUGAUUGAGAAUGCUAUACUUAAUCUUCAAGACGGGCAAGAACAAAUGGCGUGGCUAAUCGACUUCACAGGAUUGUCUUUAAGCACUAACGUCUCGAUCAAAUCUGCAAAAGAUACCGUGAAUAUUCUGCAAAACCAUUACCCCGAGAGACUAGGCAUUGCGUUUCUUUACAGCCCUCCGCGCAUUUUCGAAGCAUUUUGGAAGGUAGUGAAAUACUUUCUGGACCCGAAAACAUUCCAGAAGGUGAAAUUUGUGUACCCGAAGAACAAGGAGAGUGUGGAAUUGAUGAGGUCGUAUUUCGAUGUAGACAAUCUGCCAACUGAGUUUGGAGGGAAAGCGACGCUCGAGUAUGACCACGUGGAGUUCUCUAGGCAAAUGGCUCUAGACGAUGUCAAAUCUGCUAAGUUAUGGGGCUUCGAUAAGAAACAAUCCAACGGGUUUGGAGGAGCAGAGGUUGCUCCGGAGCCAGAGUGCCUUGCUCCAUCUGCCAGUUAAUAAUAACUCCGUCUCUAACGGUGAGUUAAACGCUAUUAUGGACUCAAAAAUUGUACUUAGGUUAAUUAUCUUGAAAUUAAACUCCAAAUUAACGGAAUUGUGCCCACGCCAUGGGGCGGUGCUCUGAUUUCUAAAAAUGCUGAAUUUUCGAAAUUUAUUUAUUUUCGUGUUUUUUUUUUUAUGUUAUGUAUGUCAUGUUGGUUU